AUGCUUCGCCGAGGACCCCGGCUCGCAUGCCUGAGCUGGGAGGUGAAGCGUAACUUUGGCUGGCUUUUAUUCUUUAUCGUCAUGUUGUACGUCAUCUCAUUUGUGGUCGUCUGGCUCUUAUCCCCACUGGUGCAGGAGUCAUGGACGGCGUCGGGAGGGUCGCCCGUCUCCGUCCCCGUCCCCGUGACGCUUCGCGAGCGCUGCUCCGUCAAAAUGUACCGCCACUUCCCGGUUUCAUUGUCGUUCACCGCCUCGUUGGAGGCCUCAAUGAAAGUGCUCGGUCGCCAAGGAUGCGCCAGCGUGCGAGCACUCCUGCAGGACGCCGGUGUGACUCGCUGUCCCCAGGGCUUUGCCCUUCAGUGCGUUGCGGGUUACGCUUGCAGCAUACUUGAUGACGCAACGAUGAACAUGAAGGCGUUGAAAGAUAUCUGGGGAGUUCGCUACACGAAGGCCAAAAGAGAUGAGAAGCACCCGUGGCUAAUAAUUGUCAAUCACAGAGGAAUAUCUCCGUCGAAUCUGGUGCAUCAAGGCAAUGCGGUGCUGUCGGCCCUCGGUCUUGCGCAUUUGGUGGCUCGUAUUGAACGCUAUAUCCGUGCAUGUCGCGUACCUUCUGCCGAGGCGAUACUGGCCGCAUGUGCGCUGGAAAAUGCAAAAGGCGCAAGAAAACAGGCCAAACGAUUUGUUCUAGUGGAGCUUGCGACUGGGAAUGCCAACCUUCUUUUUAGCCUCUGUCCACCGGAUCCUUUGCGUCGAUUACGCUGCUACGGUGUAGAGCCGGUUCCUGCUUUAUCCGCGGAUGCAAUGUCGUAUCAAGAGCAUAUACGUAUCGUAAAUAGUGGGGUUUCCCCGCUUAGAGAUGGAUCGGCAACCCACGUGUUGCUUCAUGGAAUUCUGCACCAGCUUCCUGUUAACGACUCCUGCGCGUUGAUUCGUGAGGGCUUGCGUCUUUUAGGGCCAAACGGGGUCCUGCUCGUGGUGAUGUUGUUUACUGGCACCUCCGCGGCGUGGCCAACGGGCCAUCAUCCCUUCUUCUUUAAAAACACUGCGGUGGAGACGGACCCUCUAAAUGUGUCACAUGGCUCGACUGUUUUACGUUACUGCAGUUCUAUUACGGGUGAGGAUUACGACCAGCUUGUAGAAAAGGUGGAGUUCCUGUGGAACGCGCCAGAGUUUGUUUUUUACACCCCGGAGUUUAAGCGAACAGGCGUGUACGCGGUGCGUCUAACGCGGUCCGCAAAGAUGAUGUCGCCUUUGCCAGGCGAGGAGCGAAGGACCGCGACGCCAGAGGAAGAGGAGCCUGCUCUAUACAAGACCCUGUGCACGAACCCAAAUAAUUUGGAUCACAUGAGGGACGCACAGGCACUGUGGGGAAAACGUGUCCUUGAGAUGCAUCACGCCAGCGUACGACGAAAGCUUAGGAAGAAGCAUUACGUAUGGUCAAAGAAAUGA